AUGUUGUAUAGAAAUUUAAACCAUUAUAUGAUACUUAUUAUAUUAAAUCAAUUAUUUAAUAUAAUAAUAGUAUAUGGACAGAAAUUUAUACCAGAACCUAAAAUAGGUGCUGAAGCAGUACUUAUUGAAGAUAAAAUAUAUUAUAUAGGAGGAGCUAAUCCUAGUAAACCACUUUCAAAACAAAAUCCUGAAAGUGAUAUUUUUUAUCUUGAUCUUAAUACAGAUAAUGAUGAAAAUUUUUUAACAUGGGCAGAUUUAAAAGUAAAAUCACCAUUUACUUACGGACAUACUGCCGAUGUCGGAGGCAUUAAUCAAGAUUCAAUAUUUAUUAUAGGAGGCAUACAUUAUGAUGAAACAAAUACGAAUUAUUUACAUAGGUUUGAUACUAAGACAUAUGAAUUAAGUGUACCAGUAAUUCAAGGAAAAGCUCUACCAACACGUGUAGGAAGGAGUUCUGUUAGUUAUAAAGGAAAAAUUUAUUUGUUUGGCGGGCGAGUGGAUACUCCGGUCGGUUCAGCUUUAAUAUAUGUCAAUCAAUUUGAUAUAUUUGACACGGUUAACUUAAUUUGGCAAGUUGGUAGCAUAGUUGAUUCUCCUGGUACAUUAUCCGGAUAUACUGCAACAUUAGUUAAUGGAAUUAUUUAUUAUAUUGGAGGUAGAUCGCAACAGUAUGUUUUUUCUCCAAUGACCGAGAUUUAUCAAUAUGACAUUGUAGCUGAUAAAUGGUCUUUAAAGAAAACUACAACUGCAGAUAUUAAUGCUAUUCCAGGACCUAGAAUUGCUCAUUCAGCUGUCCUAUUUGAUGGUAAAAUUUAUGUAUACGGAGGAACGUACUUUAAUGCUGAUACACCAUAUGACGUACCAGCUAAAGAAACAUUUGUUAUGUUGGAUACUAUUACUUUGGUGUGGUCGGUACCAGCAUAUAAUUAUAGUGCUAACGCACCUAAACUUGCUUAUCAUUCUGCUUCAAUAAAAGGGGCUCUUAUGGUACUUGCUUUUGGAAUAUAUGCAGAUUUACCGUCCGCUACAGAUCAAAGUAAUAAUUCAACUCAUUAUUUUGGCCUAAGUCAAGCAAUUAUUGGAUGGAAUACAACUCCUUUAUCAGAAGCAUCAACACCAUCAUCAACAAUAAGCGUAGUAAAAAAAUCAGAUACUCCUACAGAAACAGUUAUACCUUCUUCACAAAAUACGAUGAGUAAAACGGUAAUCGUUGGGGUAUCAGUUGGAUCAGUACUAGUUGUUCUAUCAAUAUUCGUAGUAUGUUCAUUAACUUAUAGGCACAUAAAGAGAAAUCAGACAAAAAUUAGAAGAGAAUCCAAUCAUCCGGAUAGUCAAGGAGCCGAAAUUCAAAUUCCACCUGAUGGUGAUAAACAUUCUUCUGCAUAUCUUCGACAAUAUCCUCCUUUAUUAGAUGGGGAAAAGAGAUAUCGAUUGAAAACAGAUAUCCUUCAUUCAAUAACUGAGUUACAACAAGAAGGUUUAAUGAUUACAAUGUCACACCAUCUUGAUCUAUUAUAG